ACCCGAGCCGGGACUGGGGUCCUCGGAGGCACCUGGCUCAGGUCCCAGGCUGCGAGCGACCAGGACACCCACUCCAUGGACCCUGAGAGGGAAAGCCAGUUGCCCAAGUCUCAGCCCAGGGUGACCCUGUUCGCAGCAGCCAUGUCUGAGGAUGAGGCCUCUCAGGCCCCCCAAUCCAACUUGUGUGAGCAGGACCAGCAGAGCGUGGUGCAGCGGGUGGCGGCACUGCCCCUGGUCCGGACCACCUGCACAGCCAUCUCGGGGGCCUACAGCGCUGCCAAGGACAGGCACCCACUGCUGGGCUCCGCCUGCCGCCUGGCCGAGCACUGCCUGGGGGGCCUCACCAGCCGGGCCCUGGGCCGCGCGCAGCCGCUGCUGGACCGCCUGCAGCCUCAGCUGGCCACAGUGAAUGACCUCGCCUGCAGGGGCCUGGACAAACUGGAGGAGAAGCUGCCCCUUCUCCAGCAACCUUCAGACGCGGGCUGCGGAGGGGCUGGUGGUCGAGCGCCCCUGAGUUCAACCCCAGUUCCAGAAGAGCAGCCAGAUGAAAUGGUCAGUGAUCAGCACCAACUCACACGCCGCCCGUGGGUGCUGGUGACCGCCCACGGACCCGGGGGGCCAUUUUAUAGAGGGAAAGCGAGGCACAGGGUCAGGAGUCUGAGGCCUCUGAGUCCCAGCUCCAGGGAAUUGGGCAGGGGACAGGACCAGAAACGGGCAGCACCUGCAGUGGGCCCCUCCCACCAGGUGGUGACCUCGGCCAAGGAUGCGGUGGCUAGUAGUGUCACAGGCGUGGUGGACCUGGCCUGGCGGCGCCGCUGGAGUGUGGAGCUGAAGCGCUCUGUGAGCCACGCCCUGGACACUGUUCUGGGCAAGUCCGAGGAGCUGGUGGACCACUUCCUGCCCAUGUCGGAGGAGGAGCUCGCGGCGCUGGCAGCUGAGGCCCAGAGCCCAGAGGUGGGCUCCGUGGAGGACCAGAGGAGGCAGCAGGGCUACUUCGUGCGCCUGGGCUCUCUGUCAGCGAAGAUCCGCCACCUGGCCUAUGAGCACUCCCUGGGGAAACUGAGGCAGAGCCGACUCCGUGCCCAGGACACCCUGGCCCAGCUGCAGGAGGCCCUGGAGCUGCCCACAGGGCAGGCUCCUCCGGCUCCAGGGCCUUUGCACAAGCUGCGCCCUCUGCCUGGGGCACUUCAGUUCCUGCCUAGUCACACCUUGCUUCUGGAUCCACCGAUCGCAGAGCAGGGCCGGCCCCUCCCCUGCAGCCCAGUCUGGGAAGGCGACAGCGCAGUGGGAGGACCAGCGUCCCCUGGAGAAUGGGCGCAGGCGCAGCCAGGCGGAGCUGGAGACCCUGGUGCUGUCGCGCAGCCUGACCCUGGAGCUGCGGAGCACGGUGGAGGCGCUCGAGGCCAGCGUGCGGGGCCUGCCCGCCGGCGCCCAGGCGAAGGUGGCGGAGGUGCGGCGCAGCGUGGACGCCCUGCAGGCCGCCUUCGCCGACGCCCGCUCCUUUGGGGACGUGCCGGCGGCCGCGCUGGCCGAGGGUCGGGGCCGCGUGGCCAGGGCCCACGCCUGCGUGGACGAGCUGCUGGAGCUGGUGGUGCAGACGGUGCCGCUGCCCUGGCUCGUGGGGCCCUUCGCGCCCAUCCUCAUGGAGCGGUCCGAGCCCCUGCUUGGCCUGGAGGACUGGGUGGACGAGGUGGUGGGCGACCCCGACCCGCGCUGGGCGCACAUGGACUGGCCAGCCCAGCAGAGAGCCUGGCAGGCCGAGCACGGCGACGGGACGGGCCUCCCCGGGGGCGCCGGCGUGGAGGAGCCCGAGGCCCCCCGGCGCCAGGUCGAGCACACGCUGAUGCCGGAGCUGGACUUCUAGCCCAGGGCGGGGCCGGCCCUCUGCUGCCCCCUGGUGGCCAGCGCCCUCGCCAACGGCCUUGCCCGGCCUGGGCGUGGCUGGGACCUUUGACCGGCACCUUCCUUCAGGUCCGGUCCUCCCACAGCCUGCGGGGACCCUGGGGAUCGCGCGGCCUAGGCAGGGGCGUGGCCGCAAAGCCUCUCAGGCCAUCCUCAGCUCUUUACCGCCCUGUCCUGCCCCAGCCCCCAGGGCUGCUCAGAAUCCUCUGGGAAGGACACGUUCUGCCCAGUGGUGUCCUUAAGGCUUUGGAAGGGAGCCCCUGUCCUCCAGACUGGCCAUCUCACACUGAGGGGUCUCCAGAGAUGCCAGCUGGGCCCGCUCAGCCCACCAGACCCAGGUGCUUUGUCGUGUUCUCUCCAGAAUAAAGACGCUUCGCGUUG